AUUUUUGCCAAAAUAAUCUUGAUCCCAUCUUCUUCUGUCUCUACUCUCUCUUUCUCUCUCUAUCUCUCUCUUCCAUUUUAGCUAUAAAUGCUAGCAAGAGCAACACUCAAACUCAUCGCUCUCUUAUUUGGUUUCUGCUCUCUUUCUUUCUCUUUCUGUUUUUCUCUCUCUACUGUGUUGCAUUUGCUGCAAGCUUAGACCUUUUUGCUAUCCUAAAAUGGCGAAGCCUUGCUGCUAUCUCUUACCUGCAGGUAGGCGGACCGCCAUUCCGGGUUUUAUUUGCCGCGGAGUAGGCUUUAUCUGAGCUCGGAGAGAGCAGGGAGCUUUCCUUCUGCAGCUUUUCCUCUUCCUCCCUCUUUCUCUGUAUUUCUCUGAAACCUACUCUUUUUUCGGCCCUUUUGUUGGUAGACUUGUUAGGGUAAGUAGGACUGUAGGAGAAGGGUGGGGAAGGGGACAAAUGAACAGUACGGCGGCAGCGGUGGGGGUAGGAUGCAGACCACCGUUCACGGCGUCGCAGUGGGAGGAGCUGGAGCACCAAGCCCUCAUUUUUAAGUACCUGAUAGCUGGGAUUCCCGUUCCGCCCGAGUUGCUUCUCCCGAUUCGAAGGGGCUAUGAGACCAUGGCCGCCCGCUUCUACCAUCAUCCAGCCCUGGGUUACUGCUCCUACUACGGGAAGAAACUUGACCCAGAACCUGGCCGUUGCCGGAGGACCGAUGGCAAGAAAUGGCGGUGCUCAAAAGACGCGUACCCUGACUCCAAGUACUGUGAGCGGCACAUGCACCGCGGCCGCAAUCGUUCAAGAAAGCAUGUGGAAACGCCGCAAGCCCUCUCCCAGUCGCAGUCGUCUUGCUCGACGGUGACUUCCCUAGCUCCCACCUCUCUGGGGAGUUCCGGGAGCGGCAGUGGAAGCGGCGCUACCGCCUCCAUUGGCGGAGGUAGUUGCAGCGGCGGGAGCUUCCACUCCCUUCCUCUUCACUCGAUCCCUUCAAUGCAUCAUCAAGUCUCUGGCAUUGGCGCUGCAACUUCCUCUCAUCUCAGCAUUGACCCAUCUUCAUACGGAAACGUCAUCUCCAAAGAUUUCAGGUAUGUUCAUGGAUCAAAAUCUGGGCUAGAUGAGCGUGGCUUCUAUUCUGAAGCUCCUGGAAGUGCGAGAGUUCUUGGCAUGGACUCUGCAUUGGAUAGUUCAUGGCGCCUGUUGUCAUCGCCCGUCUCUACAUUUCCUCUGUCAAAGGAGAGAGAGAACUCUUUUCUCCAUGGCAGUUACCCUCAACUUCAGCCUCUGCAAGAACUUGGUCAGGUGACUAUCAGUUCUUUGCCAAAGCAGCAUCAGCAGCAUCAACACUCCUUCUUUGGAACCGAUUAUGGAUCGACAGAGCCUCCCAUCAAGACUGAGCAACCACUACGACCAUUUUUCGAUGAAUGGCCUGGGACAAGAGAUUCAUGGUCGGAUCUCGAGGAUGAGAGAACCAAUCGUAACUCUUUCUCUACCACACAGCUCUCCAUGUCCAUACCAAUGUCGUCAUCUGAUUUCUCAACAACAAGUUCUCGAUCCCCAAAUGAUGAUUAAGAAGCCUUCUUUGUUCGUCUGACUUUGAAGCUGGUGCGGCUUGCUUCUUGUGUGAAGUUGCUUUAAAGCAAAGUUGCAGUAAUUUAUCAUUUCUACCGUCGCUUUGUAUGACUGUUAUUGAGCUGGAUUUCUACUGGUGCUGCCCAGACUAACUUAUGCUUAUCAUUUAUUUUACAAUUAAGCAACUUUGUUUGCUUUUAUGACUGUUAAGCUUGUGAUCAUCGCCUUUGCAAAAUCUGGAUAAAUGCUAGUUCUUACUUUCAGGUUC